AUGAGCGGAACUCUGACGAUCGCGAAUUGUGUUUUGGACGACGAGAACAUAAGCCUUGCAAUUUCUCUUAUCGAGCAAGAACAAGUUGCCGUUGUCGGUCGCCUAACCGCGGUCGAGGAAGAGCUCGUCAUCGUCAAGGCCGGUGCGGACGAGUCGAGGAUCGCGGAUCUGGAGCAAGAGCAGGACACACUGGCAUCCGCGGCAACUGCACUCACGGAUCGCGUUACGUCCGUAGAGCAGGAAGUCGCGUUGGUAUCGAGUGCUUCUGAUGAGAUUUCAGCUCUAGAAUCCGCAGCGACGGCCGUGUCGAAUCGUGUCGAUGCAACCGAGGAUGAUAUUACAGCGUUGGAGCAGCAAGAUACGAGUCUUGCGUCCACCAUCUCAGACUUGACGGCUCGAGUGACUACGGCCGAAAACGCAAUCGAUGCUGUCACCACGAGUCUCACGCUAGCCAUCCAAAGAAUUGAGACACUCGAGGAAAACGACCCGAUCGGAGUGGCGGACAGGGUUUACCUCGUCAGUAACGCAACCAGUCGCAUGAUGUACGCCACUGCGUCGACAGCCAAUGCUAAUAGCACUGUAACAAACGAGUACACGUCUUGGAAAAUGUACAAGGAGACAUCUGACGCACAGGCUGCCGUAGAUCCGCCGAUGAUGUGA